AUGUCGGUCGGUCCUUUCUGUGCCUGUUGCGGGGGCCCCUUCGAGAGGUAUGAUGUGCAGCCGGUAUUCAAUCCGGUGCCAGGGCACCGCAAGGCUCGAGCAGUCUGCGUUGACGAGAGCCGUCGCCAUGUUACGCUGUCUCCGGUUGGCUACGCACAUGAAUUUCACAUCUCGGUGAACCACAAUGGAGACGUAGGUCCCAACGCCAACUUUCCGCCCUUGGUGGACGAGGACCUGGAUGAGGUUGAAGAAAUCUCACUCUUUCACGACCCUGACACCUUUCGGCCUCAGGCCUACGGAGUGCAUGAAAGCUGCUGGAGACUAUUCAAGUUCCGUGUCAGAUGCAACCUGCCCGCCGAGUCGGAAGAUGCCAGGCUUGCCGAGGCGCUGUUUUGGCAGUUUGACAGCUUGCCCAGGGCUAGCUUCCAUUGUCUGGUGCCCGAUAACCACUAUCAUGGAGCGACAAACAUGAGAAAGGACGAAGACGAGCUUCCACUUUUGCUUGUGGCUCCAACCGGAGUGCUGCCUCCCCCUGACAAUAGUGUCCAGAGCGGCGAAGCAUCCCGUUCAGAUCUGGAUUUGGUCAAACGUGAUUCCCUAGAAAAUGUCUUUGACCGAAUUCCUCAGGAAAUCAUCUGCCAAAUUCUCGGAAAUCUAUCUUCCAAGGACUUCGCUAAUUUUCGACUGGCUUGUCGCACCGUCGCGUCGAUUUCUACUCCCAAGUUGUUACCUCAGAAAUUCUGGGCGACCAGAUUUGCGCCACCUCAUGAGCUUGGCUUUGUUUUCGCCCACGAGGAGCCCCAGAGAUCAGACACCAAGAAGGAUUGGAGGCUCCUAUACAAACAGUAUACUGAAGCUCUAAGCAGUGAUGAAGAACUUCAAGGGAUCCGAAAUCGGCAGCGCAUGUACCUUUGCGUGGAAGAUUUCGCCCUCACGACUGAACAGCUGCUUCAUCCAGAUACACGUCUUCUUACGGACAGCGAAGAGUUCCAAAGUUCUGUCCAAGAUUUGACUCCAAACAAACCUACCCGAUGCUCCUUCUCAUGCCCUCUCUUGAUUGACUCGGACUUCCGUGAGCCUCAACUAAGACGUGGUGUGCAGCCAAUCGCGAGGAUGCAAAUCAACCUUGUUGUGCCGACCCCUACUGUAUCGCUAAAAUUAUCGGUUUCUCUUGUACACUUUAACAGCAAGGUGUUCAUCUCAGGUUUCAGAUCCUACUGUCUAGAUCAUUCCGGCCAAGCUUCUGGCCCCGUUAGCAUUGGGACAAUCAUUCCGUCAACGGAAGAGCACAUCGAGAUACAGUCAGCCGAAAAGAUUGUUUCUGUCGAAGUCACAGCUUCGGAUCUGGGAAUCCAUGGCCUAGUAUUCCACCUUGACAACUGCGGUGAGGCGGCUUCAGUGGCCGUGGGAGUCACGAGCUGCCUUGAUGGCUCGUUCGGCAAGACAGUGCUACGGCCGAGAAAGAACGCGACAGGCAUGGUGAUUGAUUUCGAUGAGUUCAAGGCGGUGGCGAUCAAGAUAGUUGAAGACGGUGUUGGCUCUCUUCCGAAGGCCCUUAGCACGCACCUGCUUUGGAAUCCAGUAGCUUUGCCUUUGGAGAAGAAAGCACAACUGCAGCCUCCUCUGCUUGGCGUCUAUGAAUACCCGUGCGGUUUCCCUCUCCGCUUACAUAUGGCGUUUGGUGGUGACAACGGGCAGAAGCUGUCGUCAUUGAAUCGCAUCACAGCUUAUGUGUUUUCUCGCACGGGUUUCCACGGCUUUCGCUUUGGCUAUGACAAUAGCGAAGACAUAUUCAUUGGGAAGGAUUCCGUUCUCGAGGAGGAAAAUGGGACGUAUUGUCCCUGUUUGGAACCUACAUUUACCGUUGACGGAAAAGGUGGUGAACGCAUAACUUCCUUUGAGGUACGCCGUACACGGAGCUCGACAUACCGGAAGAGCAUCAUUUUUUCCAUCGAGGCAAGUGAAGCGAAUGAAUAUAGCAACCGUUCUAUGAACUUUCAAGUACACGGCGGCGUUUCCCGACCUCCGGGAAGUCUUUCCUCCAUGAGUAUAUGUGCGUCGGAUGACAAGCUCCCGAUAGCCAUAGUUGCUACUUGUGAACCGCCUCACACUCCUUGGGAAAGUCUUCAUGUCCUGAAUGGUACUGAAACGCUCCACUGUACAAUUCCAGUCGAAGAUGAAGAAUCUCUCGGCCGAAAUGGCAAUACGUUAGAAGCGAACAGAGAAUGGAUCCUCUUUUCAGCUUACUGGAUGCUUGGAUCGGGUGGUAGCUGUUCUGGAGGCGCUUCCUUGCGCUGGAUCAAGCGCAUUCGGGUCUCUUCCGGUCUUCCGGGGCGUUCCAGGUCUACCAAAAACAUUAGCGGACUUUGGAUUGAAUAUUAUCAAGGUGAGGAUGUUGUUCUUGGCCAGUGGAUUCAUGAGGUGGGAUCCUUUGACCUUGCAUCGGGCGAGUACUUGACGCACAUUGAAGUGUGGUCAACUCUGGAAAGCCAAACGCCGCUGAGAAUGGAAAAAUUUGGAAAAGUCGUCGGAAUUGAGUUCAUUACAUCUUCUGGCCGGAAUCGCAAGUUUGAAAUUCCAUCUCAGCACCAGUGCAUCUCAAUGCACUGGCGCGCGACUCCCUACGAGGAGUUGAGAGACAUGAUGUGGGCUUUCGGUUCGGACCUCGACGAGGUCCAGGUUCUCCUCCAUAUUCACGUAUACUUUGUAGGGAGAGCUCUCGUGGGUAUUGAAUUUGUGUAUGAUCUCGGGGUUACGACUCGCCUGGGAUCGGUCUCAGACGAAGUUUACAGCCUGUCUCUUGACGAGGGUGAGAAAAUUGCCGUUCUGGCUGUUAAAGAGGAAGAUCGGAGGAUUAUUUCGUUGGAGCUGCACACCGAUCGAGGCAAAACUUUCCGAGCCCCAGAAAAUCCCGAGGGUAGCGAUACGCUGACCCUGGCCGUCUUCGAGCUAGACAAACGGCCUGAAUUUGUGAGCCAAGUCGAAGGGGAGCCCAAGGUUGUCUUUUCAUUCCAGAUUGUGGAUGACAUUGAGGACUGCAUUGGUUUAUGGUUCCUGGCUAUGCAGGACGAGACCGAGCUGCGAUUUGAAAGCGGUGGCCCUAUUUUCCUCCGCAAAGAAAAUGUAGACUGA